AUGGCCAUCAUCAAAAAGACUAAAAACAUCCAAACUUCCCCUUGGACUGCAUCCACUUCGCCCUUAUUUAAUGGACGCCUGAAACUUCAGCUGAUGGGAUUCGUGGUGGCCACUGUGGGAUGGGUCCUCGGAACCACAUCCAUGGCUCUGGCUGAGUGGCGAGUGUGGUACGUCAACAGCACCUCGCUCUUAUCCUCCCACCUAGCCUGCGUGGGAGUGUGGAGAGCCUGCAUCUUCCAUCAAGGCAAUGGCCUCGACCGUGCCAUCGGAUGUCAGGGUUACAGCUACUUCGAUCCUUACAUCCCAAUGGAUAUCCGUGUUGCUCAAAUACUCCUGCCGCUCGCCACCAUUCUAGGGCUUUUCAGCAAAGCUGCCAUCAUCUUUGCGCUUAAGAACAUGUACCUGAGCAAAGUGCAGAAGACCUGUGAUGCAUCUGCUGUUGCAGGAAUGCUGAGCAUAGCUGCUAGUUUCUGUAUCCUAGCUGCUGUGGUCUGGAACCAACUGUCCAUCCAGACCGAAGAGGGAAUUGCCUUCCCACCAUCUUUCAAUCUACCCUUCAAGCCGGACUCCCAGGAAGUCG